AUGAUUGAGGGUAAGGUAACAUAACCUUAUAAGAUUGGGAGAAAGCUCUUAGUAACUGAGGAGUAGCUAGACAAUUGGUUUGCAAAGCAAUAUAACCUUGACAUAACAUGCAUCCCAGCAUAUAAGCCCCCAACUUUAAACAAAGCAGUAUAUGAUCAAUUAAAGAAGUAUGCUCCACACAAUCAAAACGAGCAAUCUAAGAACUCUGUGAUCGCCGAAAGGUUAAAGAAACGAUAAGCUAGAGUCAGUAUCAAGGAUCAGUAGAAGGGUAAAAAGAGAAAAAUGAGCAGUAUGUUUAGAAAGGGACCAACAAGUACUCAGAUAAACAAUAGCUACAAUAUUCUACCUAGCGAUACUUUAAAGAUACUUUAAGAAUUCUAGCCAAUAAUGUAUGCUGAAACUAAAAAAGUCAAUUCAUUUAUCGAUGGUUUACCAUAGGAAGAUUAAGAGCAGUACUAUUAACGAAUGCUAAGGCUUAAGAAAAGGCAACAAAAAGAUGUAUUGUAGGAAGAUCUAUUGUUAGAGAAAGCCAAAAAGAAGGUGGAACUAAUUAAACAAGACAAUUUUAAGACUCAUGUAAAGCCCACCAUAUAAGUGCAAAAUAGAAUGAAUUCUAGCAUAAAUCAGAUUAUGAGCAGAGGCGAAAUCUAAUAAUCUGCUUAAAAAAUGCAAUAACUGCCAGCUAACUUCAAAUUUUUGGGCUCAGAUAAAGAGUUUAAGUCCUUGCUUUCUGUUAGAUAAUCCAAUACUUAGGUAAUGUCUCCUAUACAAUCAAAGAGAAAUGCUCAAAAUAAUUCUAUGAUUAAUAAUGUAAAUGGGGUAUCAUAAACACCAAGUAGCAAUAGAGCAUAAUCUGCUAUGAAUUAAAACAGGAAAGAAUCAAAGCAAACAAGUAUUUUCUAAAAAAAUCGCAUUUUUAAUUUCCAAGCUCAAAAUGCUCCAAUUGUAACACAAAGAGCAAGAUCCUCUAUGUUUGGAUCCAAUAUAGAUGAAAGCAUAUAGCAAGUAAGCAAUAAUGAUAGGAAUCUAAAAGAAUCUAAAAAUUCAAACCAUCAUAAUGCGAGUAACUCCUACUUCAAGAAUAGACACUCACAGGUCAGUACUAAAUUCAACUCAGAUGCAAGACUAAACUCAAAAUCACUGUUUAAAAUUAAGAAAUUUAGCUAGGAGUUAAUUCUUUCGGCAUGCAAUAGUCCCAAAAACUCUGUUAAAAACCUGCAGAUAAAAGAUUUCAAAAUCAGCAUACCAUCACACACUACUUAGAAUUCCCCCAUGAUAAAGUAGAAGCAAAUUUAUUAGGACUAUGAUAGCAAUAGAAAACUGGUGAAGUAGAUUUCAAACUUUACAUUCGAUAGACAAAAUUCAGUGGCUAGUAAUAAUUAAACUCCAUUUAGAUUCAACAUACAUCCAAGCAAUAUUGAUGUUAGCUAACCUAAUUUCAGAAUGUAGUCGAGGCAGAGUUUCACUAAUUUCUCUAGACAAGGAACAAUUGGUGGAUAAAAGAGAGUUUCUAUUAGUCUCAAAGAGAUAGAAAAUGAACUUAAAGAGAGUGAAAGUAAGGACUUUGAAAUCUGCAAUCUAAAAGUUAGAUAGAUCAUACCAACUGGGAAAUUAAACAAUAAUCAUGUAUUUUAAGAUGCAGAUUAUUGGCAUCACAGAGGAAUCUAACUAUAACAUCAUGAGGAUGUAGAGGUGUCAAUUGAUUACUACCUGCAUGGUAUUAGAGCAAACCCUAGGCAUUUCGGCUGUAUUUAUAAUGUAGCCUGCGUCUAUUAAUAACUUGAUAAGCAUCUGAAUGCUAUCAAAUGGUUCAGAUUUGCAUCAUUAAUGCAAUAAUUCACUGCUGACCCUUACUUUGGCUGCGCUAUAAGUUUAUUUAAACUACGAAGGAUCCAUUUGAAAGAAGAAGAGAUCUGGUAUUUCAAAGCUAUGUGCUAUAAAAAGCUAUAACUCUACGACAAGGCUGAUCUAGAGUAUAAGAAACUUGACAAGCAUCUGAAGCAUGUCGAAGGACUAAGUCUGGUAAAGCUACAGUCUAAUCUCAAGAAACUCUAUAUUAAAGAUUAGUGGAUAGAAUAGAACUUUUCAGCAAGGCUACUCGGAACACUAAAUUUCUUCAGUAGACUGCCGCAUGAGACCAUUCAGAAAUAUCUACCAUUCCUAAAGUUAGUAGAAAAGAAAUAAAACGAUUUGCUGUUCAUUGAAGACUCCAUAAUAAUUUUACUCAACGGAAGAGUCAUUAUUAGAAAUCAUCCAAACUCUAUUAAGGAACAUAAGAUAUUGGCAAAUUAUAUAGAGGGAGCUAUUCUUGGAUGGGAUGAAGGAGACAGAGGACUUUCUAAAGAUUGUAACAACUGGGCAAUAUGUGCCUCUGAAUUUGUGUAAUAUAUUGAGAUGGAUAAGAAAACCUUCAAAAAGCUGUUCAAACACAGUAGAAACUCUGAGAAGGAAACUCAUCUAAAUGUGAUCACUAGCUUCCCAUUCUUUCAGAUUAUAUUCCCUUAGAACAUUCAAAUGAUAGCCUAUGAUCUGGGUAGAAUAGUUAAUUUCUAGGAAAACGAAAUAGUUCUGUUUCAGCAUCAAAGAUCUGUCCUCAAUAAGAUAUGGAAAGUAGAAUAUAAUGAUCACAAUCAGAACAAAUUCCAGCUUGAAAUAGAGAGGAAUUUGCAGCAGAAACCAGACGAUAUCAAAAGUUAAGCUCCUUCAGUCUAUCAAGGAUUUAUGAGAGCAAUCAGCACUAAGAAAACUGACAAUCGAAAACUGACUAUAAAUGAAAACCUAGUAAAUGCAAAUAAGCUAAAGAAAUCUAUACUAAAGGGAAUCAGCAAAGGAUUAGGCUUGUUAUUGUAGCAAGCUGCAUCUCCCGAGAAGCAAUCUAUUAGCAUAAAUCAGUCACUUUCAAUGAGGAUACCAUCAACUAUGAAAGAAUCUACUCUAGAAUUAAAUAAUGAUUUAAUUUCAUUCUAGAGCUAUGAAUACUUUGGUGAUAUAAUAGCUGGUAAGGAUGGAGUUGAAUGUUUGGUAAUAGAUAACCCUGAUGACAUCAUAUCACUUUAUGAAAGACAAAUCCUGAAUUAGUUCAUGAAAGAUAAGCUUGAUGGUAUUAAACACACCCUUUAAGUCAGAUAUAAACUAGAGCCUUUAGCAUUGCACAAAUAUUGA